AUGCGUAUCUAUAUGACUGCCAUGUUGGCGGAACUCAUUCUAGCUUAUUGCGCUAGGGCAGUACAUUCGGAAUUCCUACGCACGAAUAGCACUUUCUACUCUAACACAACCAUUGUCGGAAACACGACAACUACGUUGCCGUUCAUGAACACGACGGGAGUGUUUUGCAAACGAGAUGGAACAUCUUGCAAUCCUAAAUCGCAGACACCACAGGUCAAUAUUACCGGGAACUGGAACGACCUUGACCAGCCUGAGAUCGAGGAUAUUGAUUACUUCCGUUUCUCGUCGAAGAAUAUUAUUCUUUCUAGAGCUGAUGACUGGUACGCAGCAUGGACAGUCGCGCGCCAGAACGACACAGACUGGGCCGAACUCGGCGAGUGGAAGCUCUUCGCCAAAGACUUCGCUCAGACGUAUAACUUCGAGUGCGAUUUGACGUUUGGGGCUUGCGUCAAUUAUCCUUCUUUGGGUGAUCUGCAGAGGAUGUGGCCCGGUGCGGAGAAUAGACCGCUUGUGAGGAGGAUAUUCUUUACGUUUAAUAGGUUUGCGAUUGCGCAUGGUUAUGUGAGGGCUAUUGAUGAGGCAUAUGACCGCACGCACACCUACCUUAUUGGUAUGGUCCCUGAGAUCAUCUCAACCUUUACUUUGCAGGUAUAUCCCGCGAAGAAAUUAAAGUGCGAUCAACUACAUACUUUCGUCAGUAUGAUGGUCAACAUUGGAAUCCAACUGGCGCAAGUGGUUCUAGUCGGCUUCCUUGGCCCUGAGAUGGGUGUCCUUUCCGUGGAAGUGCGAGCUGCCAUGGAAGAAUUAGCUGCCCUUGAAGUCAAUGUUGCCAAAACUGUGGAGCAAACGAUGGUCAGUACAAUGACUUCAAGAAUGCAAGAAUUGAAGAAGACCAUCAGCGACGCCCAGAAGAAUGUUGGAAAACUGAAUUGGCUGACCACUCUUGGGCCACUUGACCAGCGUGUCAAAAAUACUCAAAUCCCACGCAACUUCAUGUGGAGCAAUGUUCUUAUGUUCAACUUCGGCUACAUGGAAAUGAUGGCUUACAACGACCUGAAAAAGGUUUACAAUUUCAAUAACCAGUUCAUCGGGCCUGGAAUUGGACAUGGAACCAUGUGCUCUGAGUUUGAAGGAGACUUUGUCGAUAACAAUGCUGGGAACAGAGACAACUUGGUUGCUCGGCUGAGUAGCGUCUUUGAGUCCAGUCGGAAGCAAAGACAAGCUAUGUUCAAAGCACUCUAUCAAGGCUACAUUAUGGCACCGGGAGAACCAUCCGCUACAGCCAUGUGGCUGAAAUCUCGCGACUGGACUGGGCCAGGCUCAGUAUUGGAGGAAAUGAGAGAUAUUUCGGAAUUGGAAGAAGAAGUUAAGAUGACGGUCAUAAAAAGCCUGAUCACAGAUACGCUCACUUCAGACUUCAACUACAUCAAGUGUGGCUACAAGGACGAUGCAGCAGCCCAUUGCGAGAAGGCGAAAGACGCAACCAAAGGACAAGACUUAUCAGUUUUCUGUCCACACGCCGAUACCGAUCCGCAAUUCAUGUGCGACUCCAGAAGGUGGUACUUCUCCGACCUCCAUCAGCACGAUAUCCCAAUGGUGGCAGCUAAGAAGUUCGAAACAUUUGCUGGAAAUCGAUUCAAUUUCACGCGACAGAAAUUUCUCAUGGAAUCCUUCCGCAAUUACGAGCUCUACACCCAUGCCAAGCCUACGGACUAUGGCGGAUGGGGCUACGGAAACUCAACUAGUAAAGGAAUCGGAUUCAAUCUUCCAGUAUGUGUGAGCGCCAAACCGAGGUUCUUCGAAAGGAAAGGUUAUCCAUCGAUCUGUGGAGACUGGCAUGCUAGCGAGACGGAAAGUUUUAUUGGGGCUAUGAAUGCCGGGGUCAACUCUACUAUCUACAAGUACAGGAAAGAUAGCAUGCCAAUGUAUCUGUACACUGAAGUCAUUCCGCAGGCUCUCGAUUCCUUUCAACCACUAACCCGCUAUCUCGGUCUGUGCGCUAAUUCUCUUCGUUUCCCGAACGUGGGCGAGACGCCUGGAGUAGCAGUCAACUGGCUCAAGAUCCAACUGAGUAAGGACAAGGAUUGCGAGCUGGUACAAAAUGGGACCAGGAAUCUGGUGGACGAAGAAGCUGCAAAUCGCUGGUUCUGUACUAAUGCUGGAGGACAUACGAUCUUCAAGCGGGAAAAGCCUUAUGUCGACUCGCCCCAUGCUAAGUAUAUGAAGAGUCACAAGAGGAGGUGUAAGAGUUGGUUGAAGAAUCAUGGAACGUAUGCCAAGAAUCAGACUGCGCCAGGGAGAUAG